AGUCUAACCGAUCUAAUAAUCAACACCCAAUAUGGCUACUUGUGAAUCGUUCGCUCUCCGUGAUGUGUUUUCUGAAGAUAAUUUGUCCCUGUUAGCGAAGUUAUUCAAGGAUGAAAAGUUUCGAAAACUUUUUACAGAGUAUGCUAAAGACCUUUGUGAUCCGGAAAAGCAGAAACAAUAUGAGCGUGAGUUAAAACAGUACGAAAAAGAGCGUGGGGUUGACAUUGUUUUCGUAGAGCCUCGACCCUUCCUCGCCCUCGCGGCCGGAGGCGGCGCUGGAGAGCGGGUUUUCGUGAAUAUCUGCUUGAGUGACGCAGUUCAGAAGCCAUCCUUCGAGAUAGUUAACGAUGGUCAUCAGAAAGGCGAGAAAUGGUCCUUCCCCCACGCUAUCCCCCAGCCGCGCCGGGAACACCUUAGUAACGACGUGUUGCCAGGGGACGGCGGGGGGGCGCCUGCCGCGGUGCACGACGUCGUCUUCCAUCCCGACGCGAUGCUGCUCGCUAGUCGUAGCAGCCUCAUGAGGCAGACUGUUAUCAAGACCGCCAUGGAUAGCGUGAAUAAGAACAGUAAUGCAAGCCUUACAAAUCCAAAAGAAAUUGAGGGGAUAAACUACAUUGGUCAACCAGUUAAGUCUGUGAUAAAGAAGGUUGUUGAUCAGAAUUUGUAUGAUGAGAGUGAAAAAUGUGAUAUCAUUGGCCAUAAAAAAGAAGUAAGGACUAGUAGCAAUAAGAGAAUUAAAGAAAAAAAUAAGAAUGCCAAAGAAAAUGGAACCAAAAAUGGGAAAGGAAAACAGUUGGAGCCAGUAAAGCCAGUCCACAAAAUAAAACAUGUCAGUAAGCUUGACAUGCAAAAUUUCUCUGUGCAAUUAAUACCAGACUGGAAGAAUGGAAGAACCAAUCAUCCUGAAGCCUUAGAGGUUGAGGUGCUACUUCCAGGCAUAACUCGUGCAGUGCAGGUUGAUGCCCAAGUGCUUAAACAGAAGCUCCAUCUCACCACAGACUCAACACCUCAGUACAAAUUGGAGUUGCCUCUGCCAUAUCCUGUGGAUGAUGACUCAAGUUCAGCCAAGUUUGAUGUGUCAACACAGAAAUUGAUCCUAACAUUUCCUGUGAUACCUUCUGGCAAGAAAGACCAGAUGUCUCCACAUUCUCCUUCUUGUGACUCCGGUAUUGAGUGUGAAAUUGGUUACAGAACUAAUAGUGAUGGGGAUAAUUCCUCAGAGGUUUCAGUGUCAUCACAGGAGGAUGCAUCAAGGGAGGAAGAUUCAUAUGACAGCAUUUUUGGAACAAAUUCUCCACCUCGCAAGCCAGUGAUUAUCCCAAGCUAUGCAGUCAAGCAAAAUGCGGAGAGUCUCAGUAUCACCUUCAGCUGUGGCAAUGUUUUGCCCAAUAGUAUUGAGGCAAGGAAGACAGAUGAGCACACUGUCCAUGUAGAGUUGGCUAGCAUAGGUGGUGGACAGACUCUUCUUCACUAUGGGCUGUCAGUUAUAUGUAACCCUCAUGUGGUACCUGAAUCAGGUAUAACAUAUGAGCUGACAAAAGACAGUGUCUUGUUAACUAUCAUGAAGGAUGAGCCAAGCAGCUGGAAGAAUUGUCAGAUUGGCAGUGGGGAUAACUUUACACUCGUGGAACUAGACCCUGUGCCAUCAUCUGCUGCCAAAGACAAAAGUGACAAAGAUAAAUCUAAGG